AUCACUGGGAAUCAUUGGAAUCAUUCUUCGCGAACCGACCAGUGGAUCGGGUGCGAGUAGUGAUUACGCGCGCUGACAUGGACGCUCGAUGGUCCUGUGGGCCUGUGGCUAAUAAUAAAUACUAGCCGAAACGCAAAAAAAUGUAAUUCUCAAAAAUACUCUCUUUGCACGUGGAGCACUCGAAGAAAUAACAUAGUAAUUCCAUAGAGUCACUCGGUAUAUCGCGAGUUAGAAUCGUCCGUGAGGUGUAAGGUGGAUCCGUUGUGCAGAGCUUUUCGCAGAAACGCACUGCGUUUCGUGAGAUUGUACGUUGACUGUGCAAUCACACCGAGGAGUUGCAUUAUGGACAAGGGGACGAAGGAGGAGAAAUCGCACGCACAGCACACAGUCGUGGAGACUGGAGGGACGCGGGAAGCGAUUCAGGGGCAUUCAGAUGACAAUCCAGAUGAGAAAAAACAAAACUCUUCCAAAGUAGAAUCAUCAGAGGCAGAAGAUCAAUCUGAGAUGGAGCGAUUACGCAAAUAUCUGGCUCAGAAGUUGAGACUCAUUGAUCUGUCAAAUGAUCAAACUGAUGAGUCGCAACAGAGUACCCUUCGUGAGCUUAAUCUGGACGGGAUCGUCGAAUAUAUUAAGGAGAAGGAGUCUUGUAAAAUUAUUACCAUGGCGGGCGCUGGAAUCUCCACUUCUGCUGGAAUACCAGACUUCCGAUCUCCGUCCAGCGGACUUUACCACAAAUUGGACAAGUACAACUUACCUCAUCCACAGGCUAUUUUUGAACUAGACUUUUUUAUGAAAAACCCAGAACCGUUCUUCACGCUUGCGAGGGAAUUAUUGCCAGAGGGUUUUAAGCCCACGCUGAGCCAUUAUUUUAUUCGUAUGUUGUGGGAGAAAGGUCUACUGCUACGACAUUACACGCAAAAUAUUGAUACUUUGGAGCGCGUGGCUGGAUUGCCGCCUGAUAAGCUAGUGGAAGCUCAUGGAACGUUUCAUACCGGUCGUUGCUUGAAGUGUCGCGCACCGUAUACACUUUCAUGGAUGAAAGAAAAGAUAAUAGAAGGUGUGAUACCAAAAUGCGAGGAGUGCAAUGAAGGUGUUGUAAAACCCGACAUUGUCUUUUUUGGUGAAAUGUUACCCGACCGCUUCCAAAUGCUCGCCGAUCGUGAUUUUGAGCAGGCCGAUCUAUUGAUUAUCAUGGGAUCGAGUUUAGUGGUGCAACCUUUCGCGUCUCUGAUCGACAGAGUACGAUCUACUUGCCCCCGUCUACUUAUCAACAAUGAGAAAGUAGGUAUGCAAGAUCGUCUGUCGCGUUUCUUAGGACUUAGACAGGGCUUGGUGUUUGAUACUAAAAACACGUAUGGUGGACGCGAUGUAGCCUGGUUGGGCACUUGCGACACGGGUUGUCAACUGUUGGCCGACAAACUCGGCUGGGGGGAUGAAUUACGAGCCCUUGUGCAAAGAGAACACGAAAGUUUAAAUACGGAAAGCAGAAGUAACAAUUGAUUAUGAUUGUAUUGAAAUGAUAAAUAAUAGAUUAAACUUUGCUUUUUUGCUAAAAAGAAGAAUCGUCCUACUGACAUUUUAUAUUAUCUUAAGAAUACGUUGAGAAAAUAAAACUUCAUUUAAAGUAUGGCAAGUAAGUAGGCAAUAAAAUAAAUGCGAGGGGUUGGUCACUAGCGGUUAUAGUGUACAAAAAUUACCUUGAUACGGAUUACCUUUAAAUUACCUCAGAUUCCUUAAGAUUACCUAAUACUACAACAGUUCGAUCAAAUAACUUGGCAAAAGUUUCAAUUUACUGUCAAAAUUCAUCAAUGCCGUAUUUUCCGUAUUGAUUUCAGCCGGUAGUUCCCUCGAUGAUUGUUCAGAAUUUUCCAUUUUGAUCGAUUUCGAUAAUAAAACCAGAAAAAAAUAAUAAACUAGCACAGAGCAAAAGAAUCAAACACAGAGUAGGCAGCUCGGCGGACAUAUAGACUCGAAAACAUAUGAAAGGUUGCGUUUCCGAUAUUUGGUUGUCUCUCGGCGAUUAGAUAUACUGAAUAUAUAUCGCGCAUGGUAUCACGAUUACCUUAGAUUACCUCAGAUUAUCUGAGACUACCCUAAGAAUUACCUAGCCGUUGUACAAAGAUUACCUCAGUGACCAACCCCUCGAUAAAUGCUAUCUCGCAUAUGUGCGAAAUGUUAAAACACAGAAUCUACAGUGUAAUUAACUUAAGAUCUUAUUUAUGAAUGUUGGUUGUUUUCUUCUGUUGCUACUUAUGAAUAAAAAGAUAAAUAAUAAC